AUGAACAACCAAGACAGCAUCAUGAUCGAGAAGGAGACCACCGACAAGAUCGAGAUGAAGACCAAGAAAGGCCUCGGAGAAAUGUGGCCAGAACCAAUCAUCCGAGUGCAAUCCCUAGCCGAGAGCAACCUCACCACCGUCCCCGACCGUUUCAUCAAGCCACCGUCUCAACGCGCUAAUGAAACCAUCAUUGUCGACUACCCACUGGAAGCUGACGCCAUGAAUAUCCCAGUCAUAGACCUAAGCAGCAUCUUAUCCGGCAACCAAGAGGACAAAAAGAGGAUGUCGGAGGCAUGCCGUGAGUUUGGUUUCUUUCAGGUGAUCAACCAUGGGGUGAGGCCGGAGCUGAUGGAUGCCGCUAGAGAAGCUUGGAGACGCUUCUUCCAUUUACCUGCAGAAGCCAAAGAAGCUUACUCAAACUCCCCAAGUACCUAUGAAGGUUACGGAAGCAGAUUGGGUGUGGAAGAAGGAGCACUUCUUGAUUGGAAUGAUUAUUACUUUCUCAACUUUCUUCCUCUUGUCUUGAAAGAUCUCAACAAAUGGCCUUCUUUACCAUCAAACAUUAGAGAAGUGACGGAAGAGUACGGUGAAGAACUAGUGAAGCUAGGCGAGAGACUUAUGAGGAUAUUUUCGUCAAACUUGGGAGUAAAGGAAGAACAACUUCAAGAAGCAUUUGGUGUAGAAGGCUUUGGUGCAUGCAUGAGGGUUAAUUAUUACCCGAAAUGCCCUCGACCGGAGCUUGCCCUCGGCCUCUCCCCUCACUCCGAUCCCGGUGGCAUUACCAUCCUCUUGCCGGACAAUCAUGUUGCCGGCCUUCAAGUCCGUCACGGUGACACGUGGAUUACCGUCAAUGCUCUCCCCAAUGCUUUUGUCGUCAAUCUAGGCGAUCAAAUGCAGAUACUAAGCAAUUCGAUUUACAAGAGUUCGGAGCAUCGAGUGAUAGUGAACUCGCAGAAAGAAAGGAUGUCACUUGCAUUCUUCUAUAACCCUAAGAGUGACAUUCCUAUCCAACCACUGCAACAACUUGUCAGCGCUACUAAUCCUCCUUUGUAUCCUCCCAUGUCCUUCGAUGAAUACAGACUCUUCAUUCGAACGCAAGGUCCUCGUGGCAAAACCUACGUUGAGUCUCAUGUAUCCCUCGUAAAUGGAUAAAGAGACGAAAUGCUGUUUGGUAAGGACAUCGAAGUUAUGGAGCAUCAGUAAUAUAAUAGAAGAUGCUAAUAUGAUCGAUGGAGAUAUAUGCUGGAGAUUAGAAUGAAUCAAUAA